AUGGACGUCUUGGAGCUUCUGGGGGAGAAGGAAGAGGGAAUUCCGGUUGAGGCAGCGACCAAGGCGAUAACCCCCGCCGAUGCCACUCAGACUUCAGAGAACGUCGGGGAGACGAAGAAGAGGAAGCGGAAUAGGGAAAGGCGGCAGAAGGAAGGUGCAGCGAAGCGGAGCAAAGGUGCUGAAGGAGAGCCUGUACAGCGAGCACCCAAGAAAAUCGAUAAGGAUAAGGCAGCUCGCAGUGUUUUCCUCAACAACCUUCCUGUGGAGGCUUCGUCGGAGUGGAUCAAGACGACAGUGUUGGGUGUGUUGCCUGAGGGGAACAAUGAUCCUGCUGUUAUUGAGAGGGUAUAUAUAGGAAGGGAUAGGAAAUAUCCGACGAGAUGUGCUGGUUGGGCGAAUGUGACGUUCACUUCGGAGGGCGUGGCGAAGGAUGCUAUAGAGAAGUUGGACUACACCAUGCUUGACUGUGAGGCUCUGCUGAAGGAGGCCGAGGACAAGGAACAAAAUAUGGCAGCUACGGUGGGCAAGGAAGGAGGUUCCGUGAAUAAACGGAGUGGUGGCCAUGGUCCUAAAGGGGUGAGGGUGACUAGAAGGUGCCUCUAUGCAACAUCAGGGCUGGCACGUCUGGAUGCAAAGGGAGAUCACGCCUCCAAGUCAACAGCGAGCCAAUUCCGUCUCCCCCCGGAGCUGAUAGGGGAGCUCAAGGAACUGGUUCGGGAGCAUGGUCUGUCGGACUCUCCAGCGGGCAGGCUCGCUGAUUCUUACCGUCGGACUUUUGGCAAGCGAGCACCAGUGCAGGAAUAUGGAUUCAAGAACUUCGUGACGGUAGUAAGGAGAAGCGUUGCAUAG